CGGCGUUCGACCGCCGCCGCAGCCAUCGAUCGGCCGUCUCUCGGCAGCCGCUGGAGAUGGUGGUUUUCUCCUUGAUGUGGAGAUGCAGCGUUGCUCUUCUUCUUCUUCUUCUUCCACUCCUCGUUCUUCAUCUUUCUGAAGCUGCGAGUGGUCGGAGAGUGAUAGAGGUAAAGGGUGCUCCGGAGUCGGUGGUGUGGCUUGUCCAGCUCUCCGAUCUCCAUUUCAGCGUCCACCGUCCUCUCCGAGCGGCCCACUUCAAGACCCUCGUCGCCCCUGCUCUCGCCCUCAUCAACCCAUCUCUCGUCCUCAUCACCGGCGAUCUCACUGAUGGGAAGAGCGAGGACUUGCUCACGAUGAAGCUGAACGAGGAGGAGUGGAUGGAGUACCGGGACGUGAUGGAGGAGGUGGUGAGACAGAGCGGUCUCCCUAAGAGCCUCUUUUACGAUCUUAGAGGGAAUCACGAUAACUUCGGCGUCAACGUUGAGGGUGGUUCGCUCGACUUCUUCUCCAAGUACAGUAUCAACGCCCAAUUGGGAAGAACUGGUAACGUCAACAGCGUCACUCUUCAGGCAGGGGAGCGGAAACACUUGUUUGUGGGAUUGGAUAGCACAAUGUCUGUGGGUACACGAGGACCGACUAAUCUCUUUGGACAUCCCACUGAUCAACUCUUAGCCGAACUGGAUUCUGAGCUAUCACAGUGGGAUUCACUGACCACUAAACCAGUGACCAAGUUAUCAUUUGGGCAUUUCCCACUUUCAUUCUCAGCUGCCUCAACUUCGGGGAAGAGCUUGAGAGAUAUUUUUCUCAAACAUUCGCUAUCUGCUUAUCUCUGCGGACAUCUCCACACAAGGUUUGGCAAGAAUUUGAAGCGUCAUCACCAGUCAAGAGAUGGCCUUUCUUCUCUGGACAAUUUGUUCCAGCUAAACAUUCACCAAAUGCCUACUUUGCGGGAUCAGAAUUGUUCUUUUGGAACACCCCCAUCCAAAGAAUUCUGGGAAUGGGAGAUGGGUGACUGGAAAAAGAGUCGAGCCAUGCGUAUUUUGGCCAUUGAUAGUGGUGAUGUUUCAUACCUGGAUAUUGACUUCAAGCGAGGAGUGAAAGAAAUUAUUAUUGCGCCCACGUUUCCACUAGAUUCACGAUUUAUGUCAACAUCUUUGUCCCAUCACAGGUAUGAAUGCCAAUAUAUGGUUCCUUCAUCCUAUGAAACAAUUAGAGCUCUGGUGUUUUCAGUUUCCCCAAUUGCGUUGGUUGUCGCUAGAGUAUAUGACUCCAGUGCUGGAGAUCGAAUCAUGGUCAUGGAAGCACAUAUGACCAAGCAUGAGGGUAACGCCUCCAGGGGGAAUUUUUACAGUGCUUCCUGGAAUUACAGGGCCUUUGAGGACCCGUCACCCGAUAGAUAUUGGCUUCAGAUUGAAGCUAUUGACACGGCUGGUAAAUCAAGUUCGACAGAACUAAGGCCAUUUUCCAUUAAUGGUCUUACUGCUCAAGUCUCAUGGACAUGGAAGGAGUUUUUUGUCAUGGGUUGUCAGUGGGCUGGCUUAUAUCUCCCUUUACUCUGGUAUGCCCUGUGCUUUAUGUUUUCUAUUCUCCUUAUCCCAAAAGCACUCCAUACAUUCCUAAAGAAGCAGUACUCGUACAUGAGAUUUGCCACUGGUAAAGGCAUUGUGGGUGGUAUAGCAUGGUGUUUGCAGGAGCUCUGCAAUAUUCCUGGGUUGUGGUUUGGCACUCUGGGCUACCUGUUCUUCCUUGUUUUGUUCCCUUGGUUAAGUGGCCAAAUAUUUACCAAUGGUGGAAUGGGGCAUAUGACUUACAAGGGUUGGGUUGUUAAGGACGUCCAUUUAGGUGAAAAUCAUGAGCUUGUGGGAUUUCCGGAUGUCAUGGUAAUUGUUCUUCCUCAUCUUGUCACUGUGGUAUUGCCAAUGAUACUGGUUUGUGGAGCUUUGGCUGCUGAAAGAGGCUUUCAUCAGCAUAUAUGCUCCACUGCUGUGAAAAAGAAAGAUGAUUAUGGUCAGGAGAAAAAGAGAUUGCUCAAGAAUGAUAUGCCAGGAAGUAAGAGAUCGGUUCCCGCCAUCGGAGAUCGUUGGUUGCGGAAACUUCUCGUGGUGGUUUGCUUAGCAAUUUGUUGCAAGCAUUUCAUGGACUGCAGAGCUCUUAUGAAAGCUUACGAGAUGAAUCCAUUCACAAAUUUUCCGGGGUACAGCCUUUCAGUUCCUGUAUUACUGGCUUAUGCAGUCUACAAAACGAGGGGCAACAACCAACUCAGGCAUUGAAGAGGUAAACUCUUCCUUGCAUGGCUUGGACCGUUCUUUCCACUUCUAAAGAAAAUUCCCACUUCAACUAUCAAACACUUUAUCAAGAGAUCUGAAAAACUGUUUUCUCAAACCAAACAUGGGCAAUUGUACUUCUCCACCUUGUAGCACUUGUAAAGGAUAUGCAUGAUGCUU